AUGCGGGGGUACGACGGGCGAUCUGGGCAGCGGCCAGGAGGAGGAGGAGGAGGAGGAGGAGGAGCAGCAGCAGCAGCAGCAUCAGGAGGAGGUAGUGAUGUUGGAAGGCUCGGGGAAGGAGGCGAGGACGGUGAACUGAAGAGCUCAAGUCUGAAGCGAAGGCUCUUCGGCCUGCCGACGUAUAAGAGCGAGCAAGAGCUGUCGUCCUCGACAGCGUCAUGGGCACACGGGGGGAUAAGUGGCUUGUCGGAGACGGGAGUAGCAGAGCGCGGACGCUGGGAAGGUGUCAGACCCUCGUCGUCCUUAUCUUUCGCACCGUCAGAGGAGAGCAGGAUCAGUGGGAUGGGAGGGAAGGAGCUGCGGAGGAGCAUGGAGGUGAGGGACAGGCUGUUGGAAGCAGAGGGGAGGGUGAACCAGCUUGCGAGAGAGAAGAAGGAGCUCGAGAAGGCUCUAGAGCAGGCAACGAAAGAUCUGGAAGGCUCGAGAAGGGCCAGGUCGGAGGCAGCUCGGCACAUGUCAGAGAAGAUCGCGACUCUAGAGUCUCAUGUGGACAAACUGGUGAGGGAGAAUGAAGUGCUGAGGGUCCAUGCAGCGAGCAAGGACGAGCUGGAGGCAAGCUGGAACGCCAAGGUCACGAUGCAAGACAGGGACAUCGACGAUCUGUCGCAAGAGCUGAGGAGGGAGAGGGUACAGAAGUCGAAGUUCGAGGAGAGCAAGCUUGCUAUGCAGCAGCUACAGGCAGAGAACGAGGCCCUGCGGCAUGAAGUGAGGAGGUUGGAGGAGGCGGCGAGGAAGGAGGCAGACAGGAUGGUGGAGGCUGCGGUUGAGGGGCUGAGAGCAGAGCUGAUACGUUGCAAAGAGGAAAGGCAGUAUUUCGAGCAGCAAACUGACGAGCUAAGAUCGCUGCUUGCUGCAAGAUCGAGAUCGGUCGAGGCGCCUGCUGUCCAGCAGGAAACUCCCGAGGACUACGAGAACUUGAAGCGAGCUCGACGUCAGCUGGGGGAUCUAGUGGAGCAGUUGCAGCUGGAGUUGAAGAGACGUGAGG